UCCUAAAUAUAUGUCUUAAAUGAAGCACUUAAAAUUUGUGCUCUCUGAUGAUUUUUAAUGAUCAUGUACACUGCUUUAUCAGGGUGCCACCGUAUGCUAAAUAAGUCUUUCAUUCCUAUAAUGAUGUAUUAUAAAUAGGGACUAGAAGCCUACUGAAUUAUGCAGUGUACUAUAAAAGGUAUAAAAAAAUGUGCUGUAGCUACCAUCUGUAUGUAAGUCAUAUUUAAAACUAUUUUCCUUAGUUCAGAUUUAAAAAGUACACUGAUGCUAAUAAUCCUGUUUGUUGUAUUGCUGAAACAUCCAGAUAGCUAGUGAGGUUUUCUGUGCCAUGUGCUUCUAAUGUUAAUUCCUGAAGACAUCAUAGGACAGUUAACUAAGAUUGAAGCAGAUACUACUUUGCUUAACAAAAUGCGUGCUAAUGAGCAUGUUUCUCUUUCAGGAAGUUGCACAGAGGUGAAACAAUGCCUUAACCAAGGAAAAAAAAAGGUGUUUCAUAUAAAUAAUCAUUCAGCCUCCCCUCAUAAAGAACUGAUCUUCUCUUUUUUUAUUGAAGAAGAAGAGUAUGAUGAGCCUCCACAGUGUAAGGCAGGCCAAGACAUUGUGCUGCAGUCACCUGUGGACUGGGUGCUUUUGGAUGGCCGAGAAAGUUCCGAUGACCAUGGAAUUGUGCACUACGAGUGGACACUGCUGCAGGGCGACUCAUCGGUUGAAAUGCAGGUACCACAGCCAGGAACACUGAAACUGUCCCACAUGCAGGAAGGUGGGUAUAUUUUCCAGCUAACAGUGACAGACACUGCAGGUCAGCGGAGCUCUGACAACGUCUCUGUGACUAUUCUGCCCAUGGUUCAUUCUGCAGCAGCCUGUGUUGGGGUUUGCUCUCGCUACCAGUUUAUCUGUGAUGAUGGCUGCUGCAUUGACAUCACGUUUGCGUGUGAUGGUGUGAGACAGUGUCCUGAUGGAUCAGACGAGACUUUCUGCCAGAAUCUCAGCUCGGGUCGGAAGACGGUGACACAUGCAGCUCUUGGCACUACCCAGCAAAGGACUGCAGGACUGACUGAAAACACAGAGGAAAACUCUGCAGAGAACACCCUGAAAGCCACUGCCAGAAAUCAGCCACUUCUCUCAGUGGAUGCAGACAUGUCUAACCAAUCGCUUUCUCAGGGACCAAAGAAACAAAUCAGUGGAUUUGUGCCAGAUAACAGUUCCUCAGGGAAAAGAACAGAUGAUAAAAAUGGGGAUGGCAUAAUGAUGCCAAAGAGAGAUCAGGUUGGAGGUGGUCACCCAAUCCCAGAAACAGGUGCUGUGUUACCCUUAGCCUUAGGCUUGGCAAUCACUGCUUUGCUGCUGCUUAUGGUUGCUUGCAGACUGCGCUUAGUGAAACAGAAGCUCAAAAAAGCUCGACCCAUUACAUCUGAAGAGUCUGAUUACCUCAUCAAUGGGAUGUAUCUCUAAAAACUGGAUUUGGGUCGGUUGUUUUCUCCCCUUUCUCCUGUGUCCAUGAAUCUCUGCCUCUAUGAAAGGAGCAAAAUCCAUAGUUUAUUUUCAAGUGUAGAAGAAGCCUAUGAGAUGAAGAACAUACUCUUCCUCUUUGGUGAUAAUAUAAAAAGUGGGUAGAUGUCCUUGCUCAGAAAAUAAGAAACAUUCAGGCUCCAGAGAGUAGCUCCAGUUGAUUGUUGUGCAGAAGACACAAGCAAGGUGAGGAGAGCCCAAACUGGUUGUGGGGUGCCCUUUCCCUCCUCACAGCAGUUGGGAUCUCAGCCAGGGCUGAGUGCACCCCAGGGCCCGGGCACUGGAGCAGCCAAGGCUCCACAGCCCAGCUGUGUUGGCCAAGGUGGGGAGGGAAGCCUGUGCCACCUUGCUCUUCUCAUGCUGCCACCACUGUGGGGACCAGGAUGCUCCAGCCACCACGUUCCUUCACCGUCCAGCAGAGACCAGUUGUGUUCUUUCCACCUGAUGCACUGGGAGUGUUGUCUUUAAAGAAUAUGUCUUGUUAUGUUAAUUAAAAGCAAUUGCUAUCCAAGCACCAGCUUUUGCAAAGAAAAUUGGGAUUUAAGGAAGAAGGCAUCUUAUUUUCACUCGGUUUAGACUUCUGUGCUGCUAGCAGACAGCCAUGCUUGCUAAAUGCAGAAAUGAAAAAAUGCACUCCUCAGCGGAUGAGCUUGGACUUCCCAGUGCUCAACAGCAGUCAUGUACUGCUGCCUAAAGAAGCUGUGGAUGCCCCAUCGCUGGCAAUGUUCAAGGCCAGGCUGGAUGGAGCCCUGAGCAACCUGGUCUACUGGAAGGUGUCCCUGCCCAUGGCAGGGGGGCUGGAGCUAAAUGAUCUUUAAGGUCCUUUCCAACCCAAACCCCUCUAUGAUUCCAUGUGCAGUCCCAGAGCUGUGUCUCUCCCCAGAGCUCAGGGCUUGUUCAGCCUUUUCCACACCUAGCCCAUCACCCCCCCACAGUGUGAGAAUGCAGCACACAGCAGUUUCUGCUCAAGAUGCUGGAGUGUAGGAUUCCUGCUGGUUAUCCCAUAGCUCCCUGCAAAGCUUGAAAGCUUCGGUGAUCUGCCCUCACCCCAGAAAAAUUCUCAUAGAAUUAGAGCAAGUAAUUGAUAUGUGUGAGUGAACUGCAGAUGUGUUACCAGUAAAAUGUGUACAGUACAUGUUAUAUAUACAUAUAUACACACACACUGUGCUGUCUGUCUUGUUUGGCUGUCCAAGGAUGUCACAUUCCUCAUGGGUCUCAAUAAAACCAGAGUCAAAUGAGGCAUGCAUCGUUUUGUAUGUUGUCUUUUGUACUUCAGUAACUUUGAGUCAGCAAGAAUAUUGCCAUGGUAUACAAACAGUUCUUCAAGUAAUUUGUUCUUGAUUACUUUAUGUAAAAUAGAUCUAAUAAACCAAUUCUAUUCUUAUA